AUGUCUUACCUCUUCAUUUACUUCAACUCCUAUCAACACUGCCGUUGCCAAGUUCCUAGGAGAUCUCAGUGUCUGGAUCACUUUCUCAACAACAAGUUUGAGGAGAGUCUGGAUAAACCGCGAUCCCAGAUUAGUGACAGCAUGUAUCACACGCUCAUCUACGCGACCAUCCUGGAAAUGCGCGCCGUAAUGACCUUCGAGCACGAUGACAUCAUUAACGCCGGCCACACCAUGAAGGGGGCGCAGGCGGUGUGCCAGAGGUUUCGGAAGAUGUUGACGGUGGUUGGCAAGAUGUCCAAACCCACUGGAGAAGGUUUUACAGAAGACGAGCUCCAUGCUGAGACUUGCUAUGCAGAGUGUUUGCUUCAGAGAGCUGCCCUCACUUUCCUGCAGGAUGAAAGUAUGAUGAGUUUUCUCAAAGGAGGGAUGAAAGUGCGCAACAGCUACAUGAUUUACAAAGAGCUCCAUCCGCUCACCCAGGCUCGCGACUUCAGCAAAGGACCGAACCACAGCCACCUGGAAGGGGGGGUGUCGCUGGGGAUCGGUGCCUUCAACCUGACGCUGUCUCUUUUCCCUCCUCGGAUUUUGAAGCUGCUGGAGUUUGCAGGGUUUUCUGGGGACAAGGAGUACGGUCUGGCUCAGCUUCACGAAGGAGCAUCCUCUCUGAACCUGUGCUCUGUGCUGUGUACCACGCUGCUGCUGAGUUACUACACCUUUCUCACCUUCAUCCUGGGGACCGGUGACGAUGACAUCUCUGAUGCAGAGCGCUUAAUCAAGCCAUACCAGAGCCGCUACCCCAAAGCAAGUCAUUAUUAUCAUUUAUUUAUUUAUUUAUCCAGGAUGAAUUACAGGGCAGUGCAGGUUCAAGUUCCCAGCCCCCUUGUGAUCAAUCCCAACACGCCUCUGAUCGAGACUGCAAACCCCCUGUUUGUUAAUCAGCUCCAGCUUGCUUGGGAUGAGAGCAGUUUAAUAGAAUAA